AUGGCAGACACCCCAGUAGUGACGACACAAAAGCCAUGGUAUCGCAGGCUUGACAGCAGCAAGGGCUUGCUCUUGGGAGUCGUCUCAUUGGCUCAAAUGCUCGACAUCAUCAAUGUUGCCAGUGUCACCAUUACUUUGCCAGAUAUCAUGAAAGACGUUGGAUUCAAGGUCGAUCAGCUUCAAUGGGUUACCUCAGCGUAUUCGCUUGCCUAUGCAGCACUGCUGCUGAUUGGCGGCCGUCUCGGAGACCUCUUUGGCCACCGCCGAAUCUUCAUGCUCGGAGUGAUCUGGUUCUCAGUCUGGGCAGUCUUCAACGGUUUUGCUUCAACCCCCAUCAUGAUGUCUGUCGGGAGAGCUCUCCAGGGUAUGGGCGCUGGGUUUACCGUUCCGAGUGCUUUGGCCCUGCUGACAACAACAUACCCGUCUGGACCAGAACGUAACAAGGCGCUGGCCAUCUUUGGAGGCACCGGGGCUAUUGGUUCCAUUAUCGGGUUCCUUCUUGGUGGUAUCCUUGGUUCUACCAUUGGUUGGAGGUGGAUGUUCUACUUGACCGCCAUUAUUGGAUUCUCGAUGGCUGUCCUGGGUGCAUUUGUUAUUCCUGCUGUGAGGGGUGUUUCCAAGUUGGAGGAUCGUCGAAUUGAUUUUGUUGGUAUUGUCUCGUUCACCCUCGGAAUCGUUGCCAUCAUCUACUACCUCAGCGAAGGACCUGCCGCCGGAUGGAAGGCUGCCUCGACAUUAGCCCCAUUGGUUGUCGGCAUCGCCCUCCUGAUCGGCUUCAUUGUCUACGAGAACAAGAUCAACUACCCAAUCAUGCCCCCUCACAUCUGGAAGUCCCGACGCCUGAUCGCAUCCUGCGUCAAUAUCAUCAUCGUAACCGCCAACCUGAACGCGAUGCUCUUCUACUCCUCCUUGGUCCUUCAAGACGUCCUCAACUAUACCGCUCUGAAAACGGCUCUAGCCUACAUCGUCCACGGCGUCGGAAUCAUCGCCCUCAUCAGCUACAUGCCUCGCCUGAUUCAAACCUUCCGAACCAAAAUCCUCAUCAUCAUCGGCUGGUUCUUCCUGACGGCCGCCGGUGUUGUGUGGGCCCAGAUUGACGUCCACACCUCCUACUGGGCCAUCCCUUUCCCAGCCUUGAUUUUGAACCUGUGCGGCAUGGCACCCAACUGGCUCUGCUGCCAGGUCAACUCUGUCGCCGAUGCCAAUGACGAAGACCAAGGCGUUGUUGGAGCCGUAUAUAAUGUCAGUCUUCAAUUGGGUGCGCCCGUCGGUGUUGCGCUCAGCAACAUUAUCGCCAAUAGUCGCAACAGUCCCGUGGCGGUCGGUGUUGAGCUCUUGCCUGGGUACCGUGCUGCGUUUUACACCGAAGCUGUCCUUGGCGGCAUCGGCUUGCUUAUCGCCAUCCUUUUGGUGCCACACAGAGACUCUGCCGUGGUGGCUGAAAACCCAGAGUCCGCGCUGCCAGAUGAUGCUGAUCUAGAGGCUGUCGGUCAUGCUGUUGAAGUCGAAGCCGGUCGUAGCAGCGAGGUCUUUGAGACUAAAAGUGAUGACUCGACUAUCCAUAAGAGCUCAUCUACAUCGCUGGAGUCGCUCAACGAAAAGUCAACCGGGACACAACAGUAG